CCUUCAUCAGGUGUGUUGGUGCAGAGCUGGGCCUUGACUGCCCAGGUAGAGACUAUCCCAACAUCUGUGCGGGAACUGACCGCUAUGCCAUGUAUAAAGUAGGACCGGUGCUGUCUGUCAGUGGAUUUGAAGCACCUUAUGAGAAAAGCCACAGGAAAAUCAAAGGGGGGAAGAGAGAGGCGCAGUAUGAAACUCAGAUAAGUGUCCUUAAAUUAGCUUAAAAUAUCCCUGUCCUCAACAGGGACAUUUUUUUUUGUGUUUAAAAAACAAAGAUGGUUGGCCGGGCGUGGUGGCUCACACCUGUAAUCCCAGCACGUUGGGAGGCCGAGGCGGGUGGAUCACAAGAUCAUCCUGGCCAACAUGGUGAAACCCCGUCUCUACUAAAAUACCAAAGAUUAGCUGGGCGUGGUAGUGUGCGUCUGUAGUCCCAGCUGCUCUGGAGGCUGAGGCAGGAGAAUCGCUUGAACCCGGGAGGCGGAGGUUGCAGUGAGCCAAGAUCGCGCCACUGCACUCCAGCCUGGCAACAGAGCGAGACUCCAUCUCAACAACAACAACAACAAGCAAACAAACAGAAACCCCCACAAACAUGGCAAAGAAAGAAUGAGAUUUAAUGAGAAAGCAAAAGCUAACAAAUUGUUGAAUUGUAAGCCAAAGUCUGUUAGGCAGGUUUGUUUUAAAUACGUGGUCUUGCUCUCUGGGGUUCCAACUCUGUGCCAUUCUUUCUGCUAAAAACUGGGUUCUAGUGAUUCCUGCCCCCACCGAGGUGUUCAGAGCUCAGGGAAGAAGCCUGCAUGUGCCCCAGAAAAAGUUGAGCUUUGACGCUGCUGGCCAGGCCCGUGUGUACUUGUUCCGGGCUGUCUAGGGCCUGGACUAUCUACGAUUUAUAGCAAUUCUAGAAUUUAAGUGUCCUGAUCUUGAAAGGGGCCUUGCUUUAGACCCAAAUCUUUUGAAUAUGUUAUCUUGUCUCUUUUAUUUUUGUUAUAUAGAGAGAUUGAUGCAUAAACUCUGUGUUUGUUUGACCGCAAUUCCAAGUUUAGCGAAAUUGUCCGUAGGACAACACACCAACGGCCAUGAGCUGUCUCGGUCCUGCAGGCUUAGUCUCCACUGCUGCCCACCUGACACUCACAGCUGUGCAUAGCAUGCUGGCCUCUGCCAGGAACUCUAGUGAAUGGUUCUUGAGUUCUUGCUCUGGAGUGAUUUUUAAAACAAUGAUCAGAUAAUUCUGGAGGGAGUAGUAUAGAUUUUGAAUUUUCCUCAAUUGCUCUAUAAAAAUGGAAAGAGCAACUAGGGUGCAAAACCAAAAACCCCUGGACACAGUUGAUAAUAAAAGGUGAUGCGCUAUCCUCACAAACCCCAAAGUAUGAAUGGAUGGAGACAAAAAGCCUCAGGAUCUGGUUGUGUUGGCAGCUGCUCGGGGGAAGCUCAAGGCGAUGGACAGACCUGAAAACAAGAGUCCCAGGCACUCCUAGGAAGGUGCAGGGGGACAUGGUGAAGAUGGCAGCUGACACUGGAGGGGGCCUGUGCAUCCCAAUGUGAGUGAUGCUGGAAUUCCAAGGGGCUGGAACACUCCAGGCCCUGUGGGUUCACCAAGGCAUCAGCCAAGCUCUCCUCUAGCUCCAGCCCCAGUGCUGGGAGAAGCUGCUGCAAGGAGACUCUGAAUUGCCCAGAACAGCCGCAGGAGUUGCAAUGGAAAGAGGAGUUCAGAUACAUGUGGGGAGCAAAGCAAAGGUCUUUGCAAUCGGCCAUGUUUUUUAAUGUUUCAUGAAAACAACUGACUUGGGAGCUCUGGAAAAGAUCUGACUUCUUGUUCCCUCCCACAUGUUUAGGAAAACCAAUUUUGCAUUAAAAUAAGUAUCAGAAAUGGAUCAUAGUUAUCUUAGUCCCUGCAGGUUGAUAGACAAGAUGCCAUUGACUGGGUGGCUUAUAAACAAUAGGAAUUUAUCUCAUAGUCUGGAGGCUGUGAAGUCCAAGCUCAAGGAGUCAGCAAACUUGGUGUCUGGUGAGGGCUAACUUUCGGAUUCAUAGAGCUCUGUUUUCUCCCUGUGUCCUCACAUGGCAGAAGGGGCAGGCAGCUCUCCGGGGUCCCUUUUAUAAGGGCACUAAUCCCACUCAUGCAGGCUCCACCCUCAUGACCUAAUCACCUCCCAAAGGCCCUGCUGCCUAAAACCAUCACCUUUGGGGUUAGGAUUUCAAAAUCGCCUAUGAAUUUUGAGGGGGAAAGCAGCAUUCAGUCUAGGUCCGUAACAAUGGUCAAAUCCCAUCUAAAAUUAUUAUAACACAAAGAAUAAGGAGCAGAGUAAUGUCCCCACAAACAGGAAACUACUCCAGGAAGGCACGCCCAGAACAUAGAAACUGGACCCUAAUAAUGCAUCAAUCUGAGAGGAAGGCCAGGUAGGUCAGGAGUUGGUCAUAGCUCACCUGGGUUUAGGGUGUGGGUCUUCAUUAUACUGUUCUAGUCUGCCUUUUGCUGGUUUACUUUUCAAGUAUUUGCCUGAAAUCUUAAUAUUAACAAGGUAUGAAACAGGGAUCAAUGAAACACAUCAUGGUAUAUGGUUCAGUGACAGAUGACAGUGGGAAAUCGCAGUGAAUGGAAGCAAGAAAUAUGGGACAAAGUACUUGAAGGUUCCUGGCCAUUUUUAUUUUAUUCUUUUUUUUUUGGAAAUGGAGUUUGCUCUUUUUGCCCAUGCUGGAGUGCAGUGGCGUGAUCUUGGCUCACUGCAACCUCCGCCUCCUGGGUUCAAGUGAUUCUCCCACCUCAGCCUCCCAAGUAGCUGGGAUUACAGACACCCGGCACAAUGCCUGGCUAAUUUUUGUAUUUUUAGUAGAGAUGGAGGUCUCACCAUGUUGGCCAGGCUGGUCUUGAACUCCUGACCUCAGGUGAUCUGCUCAUCUUGGCCUCCCAAAGUGCUUGGGAUUACAGGUGUGGGCCACUGCACCCAGCCCUCUAUUUUGUUUUUUGUGCCUUUCUCUUCCAUAGUGUCCAUAAUGAUCAUGCAUUAAUUACUUUCAUAGCUUGAAUGGGAAAAUGGGUCACUGUGUAUUUGAGAACAGUACUGGAUGCUUCGUGUUUGGAUGUGUGGGUGGAUCUGCUUCUUUCUUCUAUAUGCUCUGCUGUGUGCUCCCUGACUGCCCUGCUUUUAUUUUACUUCGUUUUACACCCUGCAUAUCUCGAUGUCUGCUUUUUUCCUCAGGUCUGGAGCCCGGCACUGUGGUCAUAACAGAGCAGGCAGUGGAUACCUGCUUCAAGGCAGAGUUUGAGCAGAUUGUCCUGGGGAAGCGGGUCAUCCGGAAAACGGACCUUAACAAGAAGCUGGUGCAGGAGCUGUUGCUGUGUUCUGCAGAGCUGAGCGAGUUCACCACAGUGGUGGGGAACACCAUGUGCACCUUGGACUUCUAUGAAGGGCAAGGCCGUCUGGAUGGGGCUCUCUGCUCCUACACGGAGAAGGACAAGCAGGCGUAUCUGGAGGCAGCCUAUGCAGCCGGCGUCCGCAACAUUGAGAUGGAGUCCUCGGUGUUUGCUGCCAUGUGCAGCGCCUGCGGCCUCCAAGCGGCCGUGGUGUGUGUCACCCUCCUGAACCGCCUGGAAGGGGACCAGAUCAGCAGCCCUCGCAAUGUGCUCAGCGAGUACCAGCAGAGGCCGCAGCGGCUGGUGAGCUACUUCAUCAAGAAGAAACUGAGCAAGGCCUGAGCGCUGCCCUGCACCUCCGCAGACCUGCUGUGAUGACUUGCCAUUAAAAGCAUUGUCCAAAA